UGGAUUAUAAAGGUGGGAAUGGCUGUUUUAUUUCACCCUGCUCCUCUGUAAAUUGUCCAACGGUUCUUGCCGGUAACUCGAUAGGUGACCAGUGUAAAAGUAAGAAGCCUUUAUCUGCUGCCAAAGCCUGCAUACCUCAGAUUCUGCCCUCCAAGUUCAAACCACGGCUGGUGCCGCCCGGCGGUGGGAGACAGGAAGGGGCCGUCAGGCGCCCGAAGGCCCACAGCUGCGAGGAUCUGUACGCCGGGCCCUGCCACCCCGAUGACGGAGCGGAGGACGGCAGCGACGGGCCGCGCUCACUCUGCGACAGCGAUGGCGGUGGUCUGACGGACGACCCUCCCGCCAUCAGGAGGAGCGUCUCCGAGUUCUCCAGCCUGUACCGGACCAUGCACCACAUCCAGAGGCCCAGCUCGGUGGGCUGCAGCCCCCAGGGCAGCGUCCGCAGCCUGGCCUCCAUGUUCGAGAAGACGGAGGGCGGGAGGUCCGGGGUGGACGGCGGGGGUCACGUUCCGCGGGACAACGUGUCCUCMCGGGUCAGCGAGUUCGAGACCAUCAUUCAGAGGUCCGUCCCGGCUCCGAACCGCUCCUCCUCRCUGCCGGCUCUGCACAGUCCGGACCCCGGUCCCGCCCCGCCCUACGUGGCCUCUGCCGUGUCCGCCGAGUCCCUGCUGGCCGGCGAUCGGACGCGGGKGGAACCGGAACCUAAAAACUCCACGGAGGAGGUCCCGGCGUCGAACCACGAGGCCGUGGAGGAGACGGGGACCGAGUCUGCCGGUUCCUCUGAGGCUGAGGUGGAGCAGAUCUUCAGCUCCCAGGACUUCAUCCACCAGAACCAUCCAAAGACUCCGUCGCCCAACCACCACCACCACCACCACCAGCACCUCCUGCACCACCUGAACCAGCAGCACCUCCUCAGACCCAGCAAAUGUAAGGGCUCCUGCCCGGCCUCCUACACCCGCUUCACCACCAUCCUGCGACACGAGAGGCAGCAGGAGAAGCCGCCGGCCACCGAGAAGAAGACCACGCCUCCCGGGAACCURUUCCUCAUGGGUCCGGCUCCCUUCAGGCUGCGGAAGAACCUGCACCAGAGCAACCGGACCCCGCUGGCCACCAGGGUGAGCGGAGGCCCCCGACGGCCCUGCAGCCUGUCCCCGGAGCUCAGACCCCUCAUCCCGCGGCGCCUCUCCUCCCUGGAGGUCCUGGAGAAGCUGAGUCACGAGGGUAACGAGCAAGGCAGCUUGGAUGCCAACGGGAACCCACUGGCAGAUCAGCGCAGAG